UUAAAAAGAGCAAAUGUCCCAAUGAAGGUCCAGUAUUUGACGACCAACCUACCGAAGCACUGAAAAGAUCUGCAUUGAGGAGACAUUAGACCGUCUUACCGACACAAUCUGCACUGUAUGAUACAUUAACAUAUUUUUAACUGACUACAAGGACUACAAGACAUAGCACAGUAAUGAUGGACCACGAUAGUGAGAUACUGUUAGACAUUGAAGAUAAAGAGGUCUCACCGAGGAGAAACAGCUCUUCAAAGUCAGGCAUCUGGAGGAUUUGUGGAGUUCUCCUGGCUGUGGCCCUUUGUGCCGCCGCUGCCGUCUGCUUCACAUUCAAUAAGGAUCAGAGCGGUCAGGGUGACGAAAGAGACCUGAGACACAUGUUGAGAGCCGCUCCACAGCAAGCAAAUAUUACCACAAAGCAUGCCAUACAUUUAACAGGAGUUGACAUUGAUGGAAAGUCACUGGAGUGGAAAAACGACCAGGAUCAGGCGUUCUCUCAAGGUGGUCUGAAAUUAGAAAACAAUAAAAUCAUCAUUCCUGACGAUGGUUUAUACUUUGUCUACAGUCAGGCGUCUUUCCACUUGACCUGCACAUCUAAUUCAGUCGAUCCUGAUGACCACGAGGUGCAUUUGAGCCAUGCAGUGAUGCGCUACUCUGACUCGUAUGCAGACGACAAACCUCUCUUCAGUGCUAUGCGGUCUGCAUGCGUCCAGGUGCCUGACAGUGAAAUGUCAUGGUAUAACACAAUAUACCUCGGUGCGGCCUUUCAAUUGCGUGCUGGAGACAAAUUGUCCACCAAGACCUCCAAUUCUUUCGCGUCACGCAUCGACAGUGGCGACGGGAAAACCUUCUUUGGAGCAUUUGCUUUGUGAACAUGAAACACAAGGACAAUGGAAAGGAUUUCUGAAAGUAGGAGAACAAAAUGUCAAGCCUCAAGUUUCAUAGGAUGACAAAUGAACUUGCUUAGACCUCUAGUUUUUGUUUUAUAUUAAAACAUAAGAAUAACUUUAUGUGAUUGAUGGGUCCAUCAGCAAGAUCAAGUGCAAGAAUGUGUUAAAGAUAUUUAAUUAAUAAUGUUAUAUUGAAUGUAUUUAUUUAUUAUACUGUGUAUUUAUUUAUUUAUUUAAUAUUUGAGUUUAUUUAUUUAAUAUAAGAAUGUCAAAUGCACUGCUACUGUAAUAAAAUGUAAACAUUUAAAAAAU